CUUUAUAAGCUGAUCCUAAAGUCAUGAGAUGGAGAGUAAGUAUAAGGAGAUACUCUUGCUAACCGGCCUGGAUAACAUCACCGAUGAGGAACUGGUUAGGUCUAAGUUCUUUCUUCCAGCUGAGCUUAAUAUUGCCACAGGCAAACUACAUACUGGAAACAGCACAAGUAGCCAACUUGAUUUAAAACGCUGGUGUGGUGUCUGCAAUGAGGAAGACCAUAUUUUUCAGAAAUUGAAUUAUAUGCUUGUGGCAAAACGUCUUCGGGAAGAGCAGGAAACAGGUAUAUGUGGGAGUCCCUCAUCUGCCCGGUCCCUUUCUCAGUCAAGACUUGGCCUUUCCUUUCAUGGCAUUUCUGGGAAUGCAUGCUGA